CAAAUGACUGUUCAGGCUGCGGGUCAGACUCCCGUGCAAACGAUAGUGCAGAUUCCGGUUCAGGAGCAAUGUGGUCCCGAGGCCUUCCAAGGAGUCUGGCCCCAACAGCAGCAACCGCAGCCACAACCAGUCUAUGGAACAAGGUCUAGGAUGCCUGAAGCCCCACAGGGAUACGGUCCUAUGGAAGGAGGAGACGAUGGAGAGCUGAGGCGUCACGAUCUGCGUACUCUCGUUCAGCACCUGUACGUGGCCCAGGCGCGGGUUCAGCUGGAGGCCACCGAGAUCAAGAAGGCGCAGGCCGUGGCCACCUCGACACAGGCCCAGCUGGAAGAGUCGGCCAACCAUGUGCGCGCAAUCACCGCCUCUCUGCACACUGCCCAGCAGGAGGUAGCCGCCUCCGCUAUCCGAGCCCAGAUCGCCCAGCUCCAGCUAGCCGCACACGAUCAGCUGCUCUUCGCCGCCCGCCAAGACGUGGACGCUCUCUCCUCGCAGAUGGUCGGCUUGCAGGCGGCCGAGGGCAUUGUCCAGCCCAAGAUGACAGUGGAUCUCCACGCGCUUCUCGAUAAGCUCAGGCAGCCGCUUCAGCAUGUGGACCGCCCCACUGCCGUGCCCGCCAUCGUUCCCAGCUAUUCUCGCUUUGAAGCAGAAAACCAGCGGAUCCCGCAGCAGCAGCAGCAGUAUCAAGUCCCAAUGAUGCAGCCACAGCAACAGGGAGUGGGGCUGGGAAUGGCGCAGGGGCAGGGAAGGUUUCCGGAAAGUCAGGGCUCCGGGAAUGCUAUGGGGGGUAGUCCUAGCGACUACAUCAGCCUGCCUAGGAUGAACACCUAUUGAUCGAGCGCCUAAGUAACUAUGUAUCUAUAUUUUUAUAUUUUAUAGGUUUUUCCUUGUUGCGAAAAAU